CAUUACUUCAAGUAAGUCAUUUCAGUUAUCCACAGUCGCAGUUCCUAGACAUCUUGGUCAGUCCAUGGCACACUAAUAUAAGUGGAUAAAGUGACUAACGUGCAAUACUCUCUUUAAUACUGUAGAACUUCUGGCUGACAGCGAAUAAUUCAACCUAAGUGUGAAGAAUGCGAUAACAAUUUCUUUUAAUUUUCAACAAUGUAGAUGGGUGAGAGUUCUGAGUAUACAUCUUCUUCAUUUUUAAAUGUUAUUCUCAGACGCUAUCAAUCAUCUUCCUCUUCAAUGUCAAAGAAUACGAUUUUUAAUUUUUGAUAGCCAAAGGAGCUAAGAAUUUGAGCGAUUUUUCACAGAAGAGUUCCUUUAAAAGUACAAGUUAAAACAUGACAAACAAGACUGGCAACUCUGAGUCGCUUUUUGAUGCCUUACGAUUAUUCCAUAGAAGUGAUUCCAUCGCAAUCUUCGAGGGUUCAGUUGGACUCUUCAUUCUUAUUGUUGAUUUAUUGUGCAAUCUUGUCGUUUGUGUUAUCUUCGUACAACACAAAGAAACAGCAAAUGCCUUUAACGUUUACAGCUUAUCCCUUGCUGUGGCUGACAUUAUCCUUUCUGCUGUAGCCAUGCCAUUCUCAGUUCUUGCUUUAUUCAAAGGAUACUGGGAUUUUGGUUCUGCAUGGUGUACGAUUCAAGGGGUUGUCGCUGUUUGGAGCUGUGAGGCUUCAAUCUUGACCAUGACUCUGGCAGCACUCCAUCGAUAUACGAAAAUGCUCCGAACGCCAUUCCACAAGCGACUAUACACUAAAGGCUUUAUAAUCAAAAGUAUUAUCUUCGCAUGGGUAUUGGCUAUCAUGGGACCCGUCAUCUAUCUUCUAAAAGGAAGUUCCUUUGCGUUUGUGCCAGCAUUUGCGAUCUGUACUUUCGACUAUUACGCUCUCGAUACAACGUUUGCAGCUCUGAUGGUAAUCUUUCUCUCCAUCAUCCCCUUCAACAUUAUUUUGUUUUGCUAUCUAAAAGUGUGGCGGUUCGUACAAGCACACAAAGCUGCCAUGAGCAUGAGACAGGUUCCUACUGAAGAGAUACGCCUUAAUAAACUUGUUGGGGCUAUAGUUUUUAGCUUUGUUUUGUGCUGGACACCUUUGGUUGUAGUUGUGUUCAUCAUUGCUUUCCAAGGCGUUUUAUUCGUACCAAGAGAAGUGUGUUUGUUUGCUAUCUUCAUGGCCAGCACCUCAAGUUGUCUUAACCCUAUCAUAUACACCGCUUUCUUUAGAGAUGCCAAAAAAAUCUUUUGCCGAAAGAUCAGGUGUUGCUGUAAGUUACGAGCAGUAAGUCAAAUUGGACCAAAACUGGAAUCAACGAAGAUUGAGAUGAAAAACACAUCAGCACAGGAAUAGAAUUUACAGUGUUAAUAACCUCUUCAUGAUAAAUGCUUCUAGGCCACUCGAUAUUAUCAAAAAUCAAUGCUUUGGGAAUGAUGCGGACAGCAUUUUGGGAACCUUUUUGAGUCUCUCAUUCCUCGACCAGGUUGUUAUUAUUGUUGUUGUUGUCUUUGUUGUUGGUUGUUAUUGUUAUU